GCCAUCACCGUCACCGUCGCCGCCGCCAUGGCUCAGUACAAGGGCACCGCGAGCGAAGCGGGCCGCUCCAUGCACCUGAUGAAGAAGAGGGAGAAGCAGCGCGAGCAGAUGGAGCAGAUGAAGCAGCAGAUCGUGGAGGAGAACAUCGUGAAGUCUAACAUUGACAAGAAGUUCUCGGCACACUAUGACGCCGUGGAGGCAGAGCUCAAGUCCAGCACCGUCGGUCUUGUGACCCUGAAUGAUAUGAAGGCCAAGCAGGAGGCACUGGUGAAGGAGAGGGAGAAGCAGUUGGCCAAGAAAGAGCAGUCGAAGGAGCUGCAGCUGAAGCUGGAGAAGCUACAAGAGAAGGAGCACGAGAAGGAGGCCAAGCGGAAGAUCUCCAGCCUGUCCUUCACCCUGGAGGAAGAGGAGGAGGUAGGGGAUGAGGAGGAGGACGCCGCUGUAUACAAGGAGGAGCUGGAGAGGGAAGAGGUCACCACAAAGAAGAGGAAAUUGGGGAAGAACCCCAAUGUGGACACCAGCUUCCUGCCUGACCGGGACCGUGAGGAAGAAGGGAACCGGCUCCGGGAAGAGCUGCGGCAGGAGUGGGAAGCCAAGCAGGAGAAGAUCAAGAGUGAGGAGAUCGAAAUCACCUUCAGUUACUGGGAUGGCCCUGGGCACCGGUGGACAGUCAAGAUGAAAAAGGGCAACACGAUGCAGCAGUUCCUGCAGAAGGUGCUGGAGAUCCUGCGCAAAGACUUCAGCGAGCUCAGGUCGGCGGGGGCGGAGCAGCUUAUGUACAUCAAGGAGGACUUAAUCAUUCCCCACCACCACAGCUUCUAUGACUUCAUUGUCACCAAGGCACGAGGGAAGAGUGGGCCGCUCUUCAAUUUUUACGUUCAGGAUGAUGUGCGGCUGCUCAGUGAUGCCACUGUGGAGAAGGAUGAGUCCCACGCAGGCAAGGUGGUGCUGCCGAGCUGGUAUGAGAACAAGCACAUCUUUCCCGCCAGCUGCUGGGAGCCCUAUGACCCUGAGAAGAAGUGGGACAAGUACACGAUCCGGUGA